AAACAAACCACUGCACCCGAGCCGCCUCACUCGGUUCUUUCCUCUUCCUCAGCUCAGGUCAGCUCAGCUCGGCGCCUCAGCUCAGGUCAGCCCAUUUUGGCGACGACGCGAGCACCACUAAGCUUCAGCUAAUUCGCGCGCGCUUGCUUGCUUGCCGCCAUUAGCUCGCCUCUCUGCUCUUUAUUAAAGCUCCCCCCUCCCCUGUCUCCUGCCGCUCCCAUCUUGUGGUCGGGGUUUAGCCGGCGGUGCACGACACGGACGACGCCACCCCCACCUUCCACCCGCCCGCGCGCGCGCUCUCUUCGCAAUGGCCAAGCGACGACGCGGCAGCAGCGAGAGCGCCGCCGCCGCGAGCAGCGACGAUUCGAGCUCUGGCGGCGGCGGCGGGGUGGAGGCGGGGAGGCGGCAGAAGCGGGAGUGCCCCUCCCAGCGCAGCUCCGCCUUCCGCGGCGUCACACGGCACCGGUGGACGGGGCGGUUCGAGGCGCACCUGUGGGACAAGAACACCUGGAACGAGUCGCAGAGCAAGAAGGGCAGGCAAGUCUACCUCGGGGCUUACGACGGCGAGGAAGCGGCGGCGCGCGCGUACGACCUCGCGGCAUUGAAGUACUGGGGCCUCGACACCGUCCUCAACUUCCCUUUGUCAACAUACGACGAAGAGUUGAAGGAAAUGGAGGGGCAGUCCAGGGAGGAGUACAUCGGAUCGCUUCGAAGGAAAAGCAGUGGUUUCUCAAGGGGGGUGUCCAAGUACAGAGGCGUUGCAAGACAUCAUCACAACGGCAAAUGGGAGGCUCGGAUUGGCCGUGUGUUCGGCAACAAAUACCUCUACCUGGGCACCUAUGCGACGCAGGAGGAGGCAGCCGUAGCGUACGACGUCGCCGCGAUCGAGCACCGGGGGCUCAACGCCGUCACCAACUUCGACAUCAACAUCUACAUCAAGUGGUGCCACAGCUCCUGCCGCUCCAGCGCCGCCGGCGACGUCAUGGCGGUCACCCUUGUUGACGAUGAUCUCGACGAAGCCAUCGCCGCCGCCUUGCGAGACUGCGAGCAGCCGUCGUCCUCGUCGUCGUCGACGACGACGACGCCGACGCACCAGCUGCAACUCGCCGACGACGAAGACAUCGUCGCGCAGCUCCCGCCUCCGCUGAGGCCGCUGGCCCGCGCGGCGUCCACCUCGGCGAUCGGGCUGCUGCUGCGGUCGCCCAAGUUCAGGGAGAUCAUCGAGCAAGCGGCGGCAGCAUCCUCUGGUAGCAGCAGUAGCAGCAGCACAGACUCACCUUCGUCGUCAUCACCCUCGCCAUCGCCAUCACCGUCGCCCUCGACAUCGCCGCCGCCGCCGGGGCCACGGCCAGACCCAAUAACUGACGAGCAGUACAACGUCGACACGUCGGCGGCGGCGGCGGCGAUAUGCAGCUUCCCGGACGACGUGCAGACGUACUUCGGGCUCGACGACGACGGCGGCGGCUUCGGCUACCCGGAGGUGGACACGUUCUUGUUCGGGGACCUGGGCGCGUACGCGGCGCCCAUGUUUCAGUUCGAGCUGGACCUGGACGUAUGAUGAUUCCGGGCCAUGAGUUCCACCAUUUGGGCCGGGCCUAUCUUGGGAGGCCGGCAGUUCCGGCCCAUCAAUGUACAUGGGCCAGAAAGUUAAACUAAAAUUGGGCCUUUACCUGGGUCGGGCCUGCCUGGGGAAUUGACAUGGGAGGCGUCCAGGUUUGGGCUGCCGAGAUGCUGGAACUGAGGCUCUCAAAAAGGAAAGAAAAAGAGAGAUGCUGGCUCUGAGGAUUUAUUAGUUAACUCAAAAAUAGUUUUGGACAAAGAGUAAAUAUUGGUUCAUUCGUUGCCCAUCUCUGCGAAGGGAGAAGUACUGUAACAGAGAGUAAAUAUUGCCUUCUUUUUUUUACUAGUAUGGCCGUAUGGAUCGUGUAUCAUCGCUAGCUAGCUCCUUACUUCCAGUUGCACGAAGCCUUGCAGCAUUGUACAAUGUACAUUAUCAAUUCUGUUUUUUUUUUCCUCUAGAGUAAUUAAAAAAAGUGUAGCCGUUCGU